UGGCAGAAGCUAUGUAAACAAUGUGCAGCUUAUUUAGCGUCUCUCGUGAAUCGGGGUUGGACCAAUCGUCGGAAUAUCCUAACUAUGCCUUGUUUACGUUAUUUAUUUUUUCAUCUUUGCGAAGUUUUGUUUGAGCUGAAUUUUCCUCCCGGAAAUAACGGAAACGUCGAGUGUUAGCUUAGCCUGUUAGCUUUACACAGAUAGUAUUACAGAGCGCAGCGAGUCAGAGACGGAUGAACAGACUGUUUCUGAAGGAGUUUACGGAGAUAAUAGUUUCUGCUGUGAUUGAGUGAAAACCGCAGCUUUGGAGAAAAUACGACUAACAGAGAUGGAGGAAACGGCACCGAGUGAGCAGAUGGACUCUGACUGUGAUGAUGUCCAGAAGGUGGUGGUGAUCAAAGAGGAGCUUUCUGCUGAGGAGGAGAUCUGGAGUCCCAGAGUGGAUCAGGAGGAAAAGAAGCCUCUGCAGAUUAAAGAGGAGCAGGAGGAGAAUGAGAUUAUAAAGUUUAUAUUCAAUCCUCUCACUGCGAAGAGUGAAGAUGAAGAGAAACCUCCGCUCUUAGAGCUUCAUCGCAGCCAAACUGAGGGGAACAGAGACUCUGUUGGACCAGAACCAGACCAAUAUGUAGAAUCAGAUGUUGAAGAUGAAAAUGUGGGUUUGUCUUCAGAUUCCUCAGAGAUGGAGGUCAGUGAUGAAAACGGGGAGGAGAUCAGUGAAACUCAGGCAGGUUUUGGAUCUGGGAAAAUUAAAAAAGUUCUCGUUGGUGAAAGAGGUUUCAGCCCUGGUCCUCUGGAGAGUGAAGAUGAUGAAGAGAAAGCUCAGCUUCAUCAUGGCAAAACCGAGGAGAACAGAGAGUCCGUGGAAACAGAUGAAUGUUUAGAAUCAGAUCCUGAAGACAAAACUUCUGAUUCAGAGACCGACGUCAGUGAUGGACACUGGGAGGAGAGUGUUCAAACACAAUUAGUGACCAAUAGUGAGUCCUCUGGUCGUUUCAGCUGCUCUGAAUGUAGUAAAACCUUCACUCGCAGACGAUAUUUAUCAGAACACCAGAGAAUCCACACAGGAGUGAAACCCUUCAGCUGCUCCGUCUGCAGCAGAGCUUUUAGAUGGAAAAAUGGAUUAGUGAGACACAUGAAAUCUCACAGUGGAGAAAAACCUUUUAGCUGCUCAGACUGUGACAAAACAUUUUCUUCUAAGAAGAAUUUGAUGGAACACACAAAGGUUCACUCAGGGGAAAAACCUUACACUUGUUCCAUCUGUAACACAUCUUUUAAGAGAGCACACACCUUGAAAGACCACAUCAGAACGCACACUGGAGAGAGACCCCAUAAGUGCUCGAUCUGCAACCAAAGCUUCAGAUACCGGUCUUAUCUAGUUGUUCAUAUAAGAGGCCAUGCAGAAGAAAAACCGUUCAGCUGUCCUACCUGUAAAGCAACGUUCAAACGGAAAAUCACUUUAGAGGAACACAUCAGAACCCACACUGGAGAGAAACCUUACAGCUGCUCACUGUGCAGUAAAAGCUACGUCCGCUAUAUAAGCCUGUCUCGCCACAUGAGGUGUCACACAGGGGAGAAACCGUACAGCUGCUCCACCUGUCAGGCCACGUUCAGGUGGAGACAUGCCUUCGUGAAUCACACAAAGAUCCAUCAAGCGAUAUAACCUCUCAGCUGCAAAGCGUCAGUCGGUUUCUGACAUUGGAGAUGAGAAAAACGAAGAAGACCUUCCAGCUGGUCUGUUAGCAAAACAUCUUUUCAAAGAACCUAAACACUGUAGGACAACAUUGAAAGUAAAUAUAAAGAGAAGCUGUUCAAUUGUAAAAACUUUUUGUAUACAAAUCUAGUUAUAAAAAUAUAGUUGUAUUGCAAUGAAUUAAAUUGUUCUGGACUGAAUGUAACUCUUAAAAUUGUUGUGAAUUGGCGCCAUUUAAAGCAACUGAAUUGUUCUCACUGUUCUGCAGCUAAAGAAAAUCUGCUGAGAUGUUUGGAGAUCUUUCUGGGUUCAAACUCAUUAAUUCUUGUUAGUAAAAAUCAGUAAUGCAGAAAGGAAAACCACGUCUACUAUAUAUGUCAUGUGCGACUUAGUUGUAUGCAUUAAAUAUAUAGCCUACAAUAAACAUUUGUGUUCUGAA